AUGUUUGGUCGGAAUCCAAAUUCACCUGAGAAGGUAAGUUCUACUGUGAUUUCAUGAUAUUGUAUACUAUUAGAUAGGUUUUUACGAAACAAUUUAUUCAUCAAAAAAUGAAAUAAUAUGUAAUACACAAAUCAGUGGCAUAUGAAGAGGCAGUUGCUCCACAAAUCGCCACAAAAAAAUUCUCUCGAAAAGUGUAAAUCCAUAGAGAAAUACAUGUUACAUUCUUGACUCAUCUUGAACUAGGACAACAACGAUUUACUGGAGGAGCUUUAUAAAAAACUUAUUAAAGCUUUGUAUAUAUGGUUCCAAGAAGAAUGGGUUUAGUUUAGGUUUUCAACUGUUAAAUGGCAUGUAUGUCAUUAUCAUAGCAUUAAUAUUUUUUCUCAAAUUUAUUCUGUAUCUUGUGAAUGUGAGAAAUGGUGUCUCAUAAAACCUAGAAUGAUCUAAUGCAAAAUCCCCCUUCCAUGCAGUUUUGCAAGGUGACUUUUCCAUGCAAUUCAUUUUCAUUAGUUCCAAGGAGAAAUAUGUGGUAAAAAUCAUGUCUGAUGUAUUUUAUAAUCUUCAGAAUUCUGCAAAAUUUCACCCCCAAAAUACUUGAAAUCGCAUUUCAACGACUCUAGAUAUCAAAAUUUUCUGGUGGGGCCUAGCCACUCUCACCCCCUCGGUUUUUGCUUUGCCCACCCACCCAAAAAUAAGGCUAUGCUGCCUGACACCAUAGACAAUCCAGAAGACAGGGACUGGAAACGCAAGCGAAAGCACCUAUGAUGCUAUGUGCCAUCCGUGAUAUGGCUUUAAGCAUGUUUAUGCAUGUGGUUGCCGUGCAACCGUGGUCUUUUUUCUGAAAAAAUACGAUGCAAAUCCUGCGUUAUUUUUGUUUAUUUUGUGGAUAGAGGGUCACUUAAAUAUUGUAUUUUUAGUUUACCUUUAAGACUGAGUUAUUGCCAAGGUAAGUUCGUUUUCAUUUUUAAUAUUAAUUCUAUAUAGAGGUCAUCUAAUUCCAGUUUUUUCGAAGCAUGUAAUAAAAAACAUCGCACGUAAAAUAAGGUAGGUGCUGGGAACCCUAUAACUUGAGAAUGAAGCUACAAAUUGCCAUUUGAAACAUGCCAUUAUCAUCUAAAAUGAAUCGAGGGUGCAUUACAGCAGUUACAACUAUGUGUGAUGUGUGAGUCCAGCAUAAACAAGCUUUUUUUCACAGUGACUACAAAAUUGAUGGCUAUGUCUAUACCCUCACUUUGUAACAUGUAACUAUAAUUUUAGCAAAUUACAAGACAUUUUAUGUAGAUGGUUUAAAGGAAAAUAAUACGAGCUGUGCAUUUAUCGCUUUUUCCAACUUUUUUUUGCUUUAAUCUAGCUUAAAAUCACCAUUAACUUUGUGCAUAGUAUUAUUUUUGACUAAAAGAUGUUGCCAUUGUUGUUCUUGUAGUGUGUACAUAGUAGGAACCCUAUAACUUCACUUUUAGCGAUUUCAGAAGCAUCAUUUUUAUACAUUUUGGACAAGAAAACAAUGGACUGUGCACUUAUUGCUUUUUCAAUGUUCUUUUUGCUUUAAUAAGGCUGAAAAUCACCAUUAACUUCGUGCGUAGUAUUUUUGACUAAAAAAUGUCACGAUUGGCAUUGUUAUUCUCGUUGUAUGUGCCUUUAUUUAUAAUACAAUACUGUAAUAUGCACUUAUACUUGAAACCCUGUACAUAAACUUUUAAACAAGUUUCAGAAAUCAUCUUAUAUAUAUAUAUAUAUAGUUUAAAGCCUGGUUUUCAUAUGUCGUAAUUCAUCGGCGAUCAUCGGCGAAUCAACUUCCCGAUGAGAUAGGACGAAUUGCGAUGAGUUACGAUUAAUGAAAACCGGUAAUCGGGGAUGUUCCCAGACUAUCGGCGACCAUCAUAGAAAACAAAAAUAUUUGUUUUUUCCCGAUUGUCACCGAUGUUCGCUGACAAAUUGCGACUGUUGUGUAAAUGAAAACCGAAAACCGAUGGAAUGCGAUGAAAUGCAACAAGAAAUUAGAGUCCAGUCUCCAGAAAUCAUCUAACUUCAAAAUGGCGGACGAAGCUGUUGCUAUACAGAAAAUUCAAGAAAGUGAUGCCUUAUUUAUGGAUUAAUCCAAGAAUUUCCUACUAUAUACAACCGCGCGUCAAAGGAUUUCAAAGACAAGAAUAAGAAAGCAAACUGCUGGAAGAAAAUCGCAGAGCGACUCCAUGAAACCGUUGACUCUGUAAAGCGAAGGUAUGAGACUAUCAGGACAGAGUUUAGCAGAUAUCUAAGCAAAAUGAGGGGAAAAUCUGGUUCAGGAGCUGAUGAUUUUGUAGUAAAUCCAAAAUGAGCACCUUCUAUGGCUGAAGCCCUUUAUAAUCAGCAGGCAAAGCUCUGGAAAUUUUAAGCUGUCUGAUAAGAACAUUAAGAAGAGUUCUACGUCUGAUCAACCACCUGUGUCUGUUAAUGUUGAUUCCAGUGAAGAAUCACAUGAUUCAACAAACUCAGACGAAGGAAGUGAUGACAGCAUUGCCAGUGUUCAGACAACUGUUAAUCAAACUGUGGAUGAAAGCAUAUCUACAACAAAAGAUAGUACAACUACACUUAGCACUCAUAAAGAUAGCACACAAGGAAAAAUAAAAAAACAGUGGAAAAAAACCACAAGCCGAAAACGAAAAAUAGAGGAAACCGACGGACAAGUGGAUAAGUCGACUGCAAGUCUCAAUGAAAGCAUUAAACUACAAGAAAGUUCCAUGAAACGUGCAGAUAAACAAGAAAUGGAUGAGGAUUAUAUGUAUUGCAUGAGCCUGGGGAAUAGGAUGAGAAAGUUAGACGAAAAGAACAAGGCAGUUGUCCGAAGCGCAACAGAGAAAAUAUUUUUGGAUAUUCAGUUUGGUAACUACAAUAAUCUCACUAUGCAAAAUCCGAUGCAGUUUACCACGCAACAACCCCUAAUUCAAUCCAGUUCACAAAAUUUGCUGGGUAAUUAUCUGUGGACAGCAUCUAACAAUCCAUUUCCAGCACAGAAUGAUCAACAAUUUGCAUGA